AUGGAAUCACUCGCCCCUUUUCACCCGCCGCUGGGUAUCAAUCAAGCCUUCUGUAGACCCCACGAGGAGACCUUGCAGAUGAAAGAAAAGAUCCUCUCUCUGUCCGGGGAUGAUUUUGAAGUCACCACUGUCUCUGGGCUUCAUCUCUGCCGAUGCAACGGCAAAGUGUUCUCAAUUAGCGGCGCCAAACGUUUCAUUGAUAUGCAAGGCAACGAAAUCUUUACCCUGAAGAAUAAACACAUUGCGCUACACAAGAGCUUCUAUGCCGUGGGUCCAAACGGGGAAGAAGUCUUCAAGGUCAAGGGUCAUUUCUCAGUUCUGUCUUCAAAGUCCACGAUUCACUUUCAGAACCAGGCGGACGGUAGUCAGAUUGAACUGGACCUCAAGGGUAAUUGGUUGAAUAGAUCUGCCACCAUCACCCUCGCUGGACGCCCGGUUGCGCACAUUUCUCGAAGCUUCAUGAAUGCGCGCCAGAUCUUUGGUGGCCAACAAACGUAUUUUGUCACGGUUGCACCUGGUGUCGACCUCGUCUUGAUCGCUGCAAUUUGUGUUUGUCUUGACGAGCGCGAGAGUGAGCCACGAUGA